CGUUAUCAGUAAGGUGACGCAGCUGAUUAUUUUUUGUUUAUCAAAAAUUGCUUAUUAAAAGGUGUUCAGUUAUUUUUGUGCAUACAUUGAGGUAAUUUAUUCCAAAAUAAUGCUUAAGUUUGCUGAGAACGCUUAUUUGUCCAUAUUAGAGCAAAAGCAAGAAGAGAAAGAGGAACUAGAGAAUGCGCGUAAAAUGCAAGAGGAACUAAAAAACCGACUAAAAAGACUUGAGGAAGAGAACAAAAAUCUUAAAGAAAAAUGUAUGGAAAAUGAAAUUGGAAUACUUGACAAGAAGAAUGAACUUAACACAUUAUUGGAAACGCUUCAAAAAGAACGAAGAGCCACAUUAGAAGAAUACCAAAGACUACAAAUUUGUAAAGAGCAAAUAGAUUCCUUAAACGCAUAUAUAGAUGAACUUAAACCCAUAAAAGAACAACUUAACUUUAAGAAAAGUGUUACAGAGUGUUUGCACGACCUUCUAAUCAAAACAAAAUUACGAAUUGCUGAAAGUGAUGAAGUCUUGCAGGAGCUUCAUGAAUAUUUUACACAGCUUGAUUAUGACAUAGAGAAAACCAGAGAAGUUCACAAAAGAGGUUUAGGGCAUUGGCAAGAUGAAUUUUUAGCAGCCAGAUUAAGAGAAGCCGAUAUAAUUUUAGAAUUUGACAAAUUAAAAAGGGAGGUGGCAAUAUUAAAAAGUGAGUUACAAGAAAAGAAAGUGAUCAGAGAUGCCAAGGAUUUACAUAAACGACGAGGAAAAAAUGCACCCUCCAAAGAUCUGUCAGGAAAAAAUGAUAAAUUUAUUGAAGCGAUAUUACAAGAAGAAGAAGCUGUUAUUGCUAAUACAGUGGAAUUGCAAAAUGAAGUAGACUUUUUAAGACAUCAGCUAAAGAAAUUAGAAGACCAAAAACAAGACUGCACGAACAAAAUUCGGUCCAACGAAGAUGUAAAAAUGAACCUAAAUCAAAUAAGACGAAGCAUUUGGCUGCGAGAAUUUCAAACAAGACAAAAAAUUGACAAUUUAAAGGAGAAAUAUCAUAAACUAUCAAAGAAAAAGUCUGAAGAGCUUGAGAAAAUCAAAAGAAACAUUGAAGAAAAAGACCUGGCUAUAAAAGAAAUGGAACAAAAAAUAAAUUAUAUGCAAAAACAGAAUAACUGUGAAGAAGAAGAGCAGAAGUCGCUUUCUGAAAAAGACCUCGUUGAACAAUUAGAAGAAGAAAAAGAUAACUUAGAAAAAGAAAUUCUUCAGCUAAAGGAAGAAGAAAUGUAACAGCUGAAAGUUUUAUCAAAUUAACUGUAUUUUAUUAUGACAUUUUUCCAAUUUAUAAUUUUACAAAGGGAGAGUAUUGCUAUCACAGAAACGGCUAUAAUUAAAAAUUCGGUUAAAUUAUAUUUAGUGCUUUUGGCCACCAUCCAACAUUGCAAAUUUUAAAUUUAUGUUAGAUGAAUGAUAAAUUGUUUGAUAAAAGUGCCAAAAUGAGAUUUAUAAAAAUAUAAGGCUUUAUUAUUUUUAAUUUAUUAAGACUUGAUAUACACACGUCGCCAAAAUUCUUGGACUCCCCCUCCCCCUCAUUUUUUAGAAACCGUUCAGCUUUUUUUUACAUCGUUAGUACGCUUUCUUUAUUUGUUAAGUUAUGAAUAAAAAGAAGUGCAUUUUGGUGUUCUAACGAUUUUAUACAUAGGGAAAAAAAUAUUUAAAAAAAAAUAUGCACAGAAUUAUUAACAUUUGUUUUACAUAUUGUUUUAUAAUGUUACAUCAAAAAAGGUAUUAAUGUUUUUAGAAAUUGACACGUCUAUGCAUAGAAACAAUAAGCAUAUUAAAGAUUUCUUAGGGGAUAUUGUUUCAUUCCUCUUGAGCUGCAGUUACCUCUAACCUCCUCAAACGUCAAAGGUGUCCACACAAACACUUAAAAGUCUAGCUAAUAACUAAGACAUCUUGAUCUUGAGAACUAAACUAAACAGAACUAAAAAGUUAUAAUGUUUGUUAGAACCUAAAGCCUUCGUCAAAAUGUCAGCAGGCAUAUCUUCUGUCUUUAAAUACUCAAGGCUGAUUAAUUCAUUCUGCACAACUUCCUUAACAAAAUGGUGACGGACAUCGAUAUGCUUUGUCCUCUCAUGGAAUACUGGAUUUGACGAUAGCUUUAAGGCACUUUGACUAUCGCUAAACACCAUGACAGGCUCGAAAGAAUUUCAAAGGGUAACUAAAAUUGUUUCGGUCAUCCUCCACUAAAUUUAUUUGAAAAAUCAUCUAUCCUACAUGUUUUGGACAUAUAAGAUGUCCAUCAUCAGGGAUCUAUAAAGAACCGAGGAAACUUAUAAGCUAAAGAUUGAAAGUGUUGAAAUAAAAAGGUAUCAAAAGUAAUUUACAUACAAUGAGGGUUUUCGUCACAACAUAUAAAAAGCUAUAUUGCUUCUGGCAAGAUCAAAGGUUAAAAUUACCAACAAUAAAUAAAAAGGGCAUCGACAAUAUCUAUCUAUUUAAAUAGAUAACAUCAUAAUAAGGUAUACACUUAAAACUCUAAUUACUACCCUGCCCUUACGACUGCCUUAGGAAAACAAUUUUCGGUAACGACAGCUAUACUGAAACUAUCGUCCGUAUACUGCCUCGCGCAAAUCGUUCCACGCCACUAUUUUUGCCUGCGAACCCAUAAUCCCAAUGUUGCGUUUGAAAUUCCAUACUUGACCCUUUUCUUUCUUUAUCUAUGUUGAAACCAUUUUUCUUCUUUGUUACAUAAAAUAUUUCAUAUUUCUUCUCAUUAGUUAAGAAACUUAGAAACGGUCUUAUAAAAAAAAUCAAACUACCUUUUUCUUUGACAGGUAUAAGAUUUAAGUAUUUUACAUUUUCCACAACUUAUUUCAGGUUUAGCGCAAUUUUUUACAAUAUGUGGCCCCUUACAAUUAUAAUACAAUACAGAUUUAUUUUUAUUAUCAAUAACUUUUAACUUAAAAUAAUUUAACUGCUUUUCAACUUGAGUUUUUGUUUAAUUUAAUCCUUUCGACGUACUAGAGGACGAAUUUUUAUAAUAAUUAUUAUUAUUAACAUUUUUGGGUGGAUGCGUAGUUUUAAUGCUAUCCAAACAGUUACCUAAGGGAUCUACAGACUGAAAAUUUGCAAACUAUAUUCUCGUUAUUUAUGCCUUCUACAAUAUAAUCAAUAAUGUCUGUAUCGCUAAUAUUUAAAUUUAAUCUUCUUAAUUUUGAAUAUUUCUCGAAACAGUAAUCGCUGAACUUCACUUUCUAGCAUUACCACGUAGUCUACUAGUUGGCAAUUUAACAGUUAAUUGUUCACUCCAUCCGUAUAUAGAGCGCAACUGGUCAACCUUAUUAACCCACUCUAUACAGUGUUUAUUAUUAGGAUUAAGCUCAGUUGCUUGCGACGUCUUGUACCCCUUGAGCUGUCUAAUGUUGACGAACUUGAGCUGGAUUCCUCAGAGCUGGAAGAGCUCCGCCUUUUGCGGUUUUUCGUCUUUCCCAUGGUUUCAACGAAUGACGGAGCGGCGGUUGCAUUUGAAUUACAUCUGAUUUGUCAAAGGAAAAUUAUUAGACACGGGAAUACUUUCACCGGUUUAAUUAUCCUUAAAGUAAUAUCAAUAAAGUAAUAAUACACUAAUAUACUAAAUAUAAUAAUAAUAAUAAUAAUAAUAA